CACCAAAUGGGCGAGCACUAUAUUAGCAUAGUGUUGUCAAAAAUGAAAGAAAAACUCCAUACUCAUCCCAUCACAACCUCAUCAUACUGUACUUGCUUAAAUAGUUGAAUUCUCCUUGAAAACAUACCCAAAUUCAAAUCCAAACGGUCUCUUUCUGUACUUAGAAACACCCAUAAACACUUUCUCUCUCCUCCCCAAAUUCCCUCCUUUUUAUAUCCUUCUUCACAUCUUUAAACCUUCAAAAAAACUUAUAAAAAAAGAGCAAAAAAUAUUGUAAUUGAUCAUUCUUCUCCUACCUGAAUUUCCACCAUGCAAGGAAAGUGUAAAUCAGCAAUUUCAAAGAAGGAAUUGAAGUUGUCAUUAGUUGCUAAAAGACUUUCUAUGCUGCAAGAUGAUGAUCAUGAAAAUCAAAAUCAACUUGUUGUAUCAUUGUGUCCAGAAAUUCCAGUGGAAUGUGAAAGCGCCAAGCCAUCAAAGGACAUAAGUGAUGACACACUAUCUGAAGAUAUUAUAAUAUCCAAGUCUUCGCAAAAUCGAACGAAAUAUGGAAGCCAUAAGCGGGGGAGGGUCAUUAGUGAUGAUGAGUUCUCCGAAGAUGAUAGAGAACUCAUUGUUUGCAUUCAACCAACAAAUAAGGAAAGAAGUAAACCGAAGAGGAUCAAAAGCAUUGCUUCAUGCAACAAUGAGAAUAGGAAGGCUACUAGUAAUCCAGGAGCUCAAAAACUUCAAAGUUUGGACUUAAGUGAUCCUAUAUCAACGGGUAGAAAGUCGUCUCCCAUGAAGCGAGCAGAAGAGAUCCAAGCAAAUCUGUCAACUGAAUAUCCUAGCUUUGUCAAACUGAUGAUGAAAUCGCAUGUUUCUGGGGGGUUUUGGUUGGGUCUGCCGAAGAAAUUUUGUGAUGAUCAUCUCCCUAUGUGUGACUGUAAAGUAGUGUUAGUGGAUGAAGCUGGAAAAGAAUCUAGCACAGUUUAUUUAGCUGGGAAAGUUGGUCUGAGUGGUGGAUGGAGGGGGUUUUCUAUUGAGCAUAAGUUACUUGAGGGCGAUAUGUUGGUUUUCCAUCUAAUUGCCCCUGCAAAAUUUAAGAUAUAUAUUGUAAGAGAACACGAUUUUGGUGAAGUUGAUGGAGCUUUAAGUCUUUUAACCUUGGAUCCUGGUCUUGGACAGCAAAAAUUAGAAGAAAAUACUCAAAAGGUGCUGCAAAUAGAAGAUAACUACCCUAUGGUGGACUACCUGUCUCAAAGCAGCAGUGACGUUGAUUUGGGAUCUGAAGUACUUGACGGGCUGCGUUUCUCAGAUUCUGACAUAGACUUUGAAAGAGUUGAAAGCUUUGAGAACUUUAACAUCAUUGUCGAUGGCCUCAUAAUAGACUCCAAGUUCUCUGACACUACUAGAAAGAAGUACUACGAGCUUUGCUGUUGCGAAAGAUCUUUUUUGCACGAGACUUUUCUUAAGGGACUGAACUGUAAUUUGGUAGUUGGGAUUAUUUCGGAGACCAUCAACAUUGCAGAUGCCAUCAAAUCAUGGAAGAACGGAUCUACCUCACAUGAAGAUCUUCAGAUUUGGGAAAAAACAUUGAAGGGAUUUGAGUUGCUAGGCAUGAAAGUAGAUUUCUUGCUUGCUCGCAUCAACCAACUUCUAGGCCGAGCUUUGGAACUUAAAGCUGAUGAAUCAAACAGGUUGAAAGAAAGUAUAAUCAAGAGAACUUUAGCUGGGGAGAGAAUGAAGGCGAUUGAAGAUAAAUUCACACAGCUUAAAGAUAUAAUGGAGAAGAUCAAUUUUGAGAUGGAUGCCGAGAUAAAGAUGGCAAGUGCUCGGAAACUGGGAAUUGCUGCUGUUUAACAUUUGAAUACUACUAUAUAUCAGUUGAUAUGCAAGCAGCCAAGCAAAGACUACAGAGCAGUUUCUUUUGUCCCCAAAAUUCGAAACUUGGAGGCUCUUUUUGCGCGGCAGUUUUUUGUAUAAAUUUUUGGACAUGUAAUCAUGUAUAUUCCUAAGGAAGGGAAAGUUUUUGUAUAGCUAAAAUCACAGGUUCACAUGUCACAUUUGUAGAUCAGAGAAAUAUGCUGAUUGCUGAUAAUCUUCACUUCUUCAGCAUAUGGUUAAUGUUGUUGAUAUUUUCUGGACAGUAGUGUUAUAUGGUUGAAUAUCAAGGAAAUAGCUGCUGUUCUGUAAUAGUUCAACUUUCAAUAUUGAGUUCUAUUAGAUUUAAUCUUUUUCUAGCA